UGUUUGUUCUUCAGCCCUUGUCAACAUCAUUUGUUUGCGUGUAAAUUAUUAUUGCAUUAUAACUGAGUGUUGGAGUAUUAAAUAAAACUAAAAUAGAAUAAAAAUAAUUAUAGACAAAAUGCUCAAUCUACUGGUGCUAACCUGCCUAUCCAUAAUCAGCUGUCUGCCCAGCUAUCAAGCCACCCAGACAAAUGUUGUGACGUGUGGUUCCAUACUAAAGCUGCUCAAUUCGGAUUACAAUUUCCGCCUCCACUCGCACGAUGUGAAAUAUGGCUCAGGAUCGGGCCAACAAUCGGUGACUGGUGUGGAGCAGAAGGAGGAUGUCAAUAGUCAUUGGGUGAUCAAGGCCCUGACAAAUGAGCUUUGCGAGCGUGGAGAGCCCAUUGCAUGUGGCAACACCAUAAGACUGGAGCACUUGUCGACCAAAAAGAAUCUGCACUCCCAUCACUUCAGUUCACCCCUAUCUGGAGAGCAAGAGGUCUCCGCCUAUGGUACAGACGGUUUGGGUGAUACUGGCGAUCAUUGGGAAGUGGUUUGCUCUAAUGAGAAAUGGAUGCGGGAUGCUCACAUUCGUUUGCGUCACAUCGAUACGGGCAUGUAUUUGGGCAUGUCAGGACGUUCGUAUGGUCGUCCUAUUUCUGGACAAAUGGAAAUUGUCGGCGUUCAUAAUCCAAGACACGGCACACGAUGGACCACAGCAGAAGGCCUGUUCAUUGUUCCCAAAGAUCAGGAUCAGUUGACGCACGAUGAAUUGUAGUGCCGCCCAUGACAAGAAAAAUUCAGCCAAAUCCUACUUACUUCUAUUUAUUAGUUUAUUAAAAUUAUCUAAUUUAGUUGAAUUUUCUGCGUUUUUACCAGCCAAUGAAAAAAGAAUAAGCAAGAAACAAAUUAAA